GCAAAGAUCACAGCCGCACUCGCUUGCGAUGGUGUCUCCGGCGAUUGCCCUGGCCUUGCUCCCCUUCAUUGUCACCCUGCUGAUCCGGUACCGGCACUACCUGCUGCUGCUGUACCGGGCAGUGCUGGUGGCCUGGCUGCGGGACCGGCUCACCGGCACCUCGCGGGAGCAGCGUGCCUUCCAGUACCUGCUGGCCCACGCCAUCCCUGGGGACCCCCACCACAUCCUCCAGACCUUCGACCAGUGGUGCUACCACUGUGAGCACCUCAGCUGUGCUCGUGCCACGUCAGGGCGGAUCGUGGAGCGGGUGCUGUUGGAGCGGGCACCACUGCGGGUGCUGGAGCUGGGCACGUACUGUGGCUAUGGCACCGUGCUGCUGGCACAGGGGCUGCCCCCGGGUGCCCGCCUCUACACCAUCGAGGGGGACCCCCGACAUGCUGCCAUGGCCGAUAAGGUCAUCUGCCUGGCUGGCUUCAGUGAGCAGACGGGUCCUGCAGCAGGAGUGGGGCUGAUCGUGGGCCCCUCGGAGGAGGUGAUACCCCUCCUGCAGGAGAAGCAUGGCCUCAUGAAUACCAACUUGGUCUUCAUGGAUCACUGCAAACGCUGCUACCUGCGGGACCUACGGCUGCUGGAGAGCCACCAGCUGCUGGCUGAGGGGGCCACCAUCCUGGCUGAUAAUGUCCUCUUCCCUGGGGCACCCCACUUCCUGCAGUACGCCAAGACCUGCGGCAAGUACCACAGCAAGUUGCACCGUGCCAGCCUGGAGUACUUCCGUACCAUUCCUGAUGGGAUCGCCGAGCUGCGCUACACCGGCACCCACUGA